AUGGAGGAAGGUGAAAGCACCUCAAGCAGCUCAUGGACCCUUUCAUGGAAGCGGAUAUGGCAGCAAAAAGUCCCUCUGAAGAUCAAAAUUUUUGCUUGGAGGACUUGUGUCAACGAUCUUCCAACUAUGAAAAAUCUAAACCAUAGAGGUGUUCAUUGCUCUAGCUUCUGCCCUCUAUGUGACAAAGCCAUUGAGACCACAACCCAUGCACUUCUUCAUUGCGAUCAUGCAAAAAUGACUUGGGCAUUUUGGUACAAUUGUCCUGUGGACCUCUCUUCCUCUUAUUGUGACUUGGUGGAUAUUGCCUUAGAUUUUAUUGCAAAAGGCUCCCUAAAUGAUUUAGAGCUUUUCUUUGCCGUUGCCUGGUCUAUUUGGUGGAAUCGUAAUCAAGCAAUCCAUGAGGACUCGGGUUCCCCUCCAAUUCAUGCUUGGGAAAUGGCAGGUGGAGUCUUGGCUGAAUUCAAGGCAGCUUACUCUUGUCCGAGAUUUUCUCAGUCCAUCCCUCAGUCCAAAUGGAAAGCUCCACCUAUGGGCUUCAUUAAAAUUAACACUGAUGCAGCAGCUUUUGAAGAUGGGAGGAAAUCGUGCAUCGGUGUAGUCAUUCACGAUAAUAUGGGUGAAGUUCUAGCAACAUCAAACAAGGUUCUACCCGCAUCAUACUUGGCUGAGAUCUCAGAAGCUCUGGCCAUGCAAGAUGGUGUGCUUCUUGCAACGGAAAUGGAAGUCUCCCACACUAUCUUUGAGUCCGACGCCUUAUCCAUUAUUCUAGCAAUUAAUGAUGGAAUCCAUGGUGGUGAGCUUGGGCACAUAAUCAGAAACAUCAGAGAAAUGGCUGCUGUGUUUUCCUGGUGUUCUUUUAAACAUCUAAAAAGGGAAGGCAACAGAGUUGCCCAUCAAUUUGCAAAGGUAGCUGGGAAUUCUGGUGUUUCACAGAUUUGGAAAAUGUCUUUUCCAAGUUUUCUUGAGCAUCUUCUUAUUGAGGAUCUCUGUUUGUAA